UAAUGCUUAUACAACUCAAUUUGCCAAGGACAUGGAGACCUUUUUUAACGCCAGAGCUGAUGAGAUUGAAGUGGGAGGGAUGAUGAUAGUGACCUUGCCAGCUCUUCCAAACAUGCACGAUCAUGCUCAUCACCCAGUCGGUGUCCUAUUCCUCGCUCUUGAGCAAAGUCUUGUUGAUAUGGUGAAAGCGGGAUCAAUUAGUGAAGAUGAACUGGACUCCUUCAACUUGCCUUUGUAUUCUCCUUCGCCCGAUGAGAUGAAUCAGCUAGUAGAAAAAAAUGGGUGUUUCAGCAUAGAGAGGAUGGAGUUAACUAAUCCCGCAGCAAAGACAGAUGGAGCAUCAAUUAACAUACCAGCAUUAAUAAUGCACCUUAGAGCUGGCUUUGAAGCAGUGUUCACCAAACACUUUGGCAAAAAGAUCGUUGAAGAAUUGUUUGAACGUACUCUCAAUAAAUCCGCAGUGAUUUCCUCCCAGUUUGAAGCAAGCCUCAAGAUUGGAAGCCAACUGUUUUUGGUUUUGAAGCGUAAAUGAUUUGAGUUCUAGUGGCCUUGGUCAUCUCAUUGGGAUACUUUUGUUGGGAAGUUUUGAAUUCAGAUUUGGACAAAUAAAAUUGUGAUGAUCUGAAAAAUAACUCAUUGUUGCUCUGGACAUUGAGUUCCUAAUCUAUGGCAUUAGUUUAUUAUGAAUAUUAUAACUUGGAUGCUUUUGUUACUUAUCAUAUCAUCCAUUGAAGAUGUAAAAGCCAGAAGAUAAGCAGAUGGAGGAAUUGGAGGAUGUGUCAUUCAACUUCA